CUUAUCUUAUCAGCUAGUUUGAGGGGUAUAAAAAGCAGCGAUGGUUGAGCAAUAUGUUUAGAAAGAAAGGAGCGAAGCUUUCGUCAAAAUUAUACAUUAACUUGUUGUACAAAAUUAUUAUAAAACUUACCUCAAAAUGCCUUGCAAGGGAUGCGGAAAUAAUUGCCAGUGCACUUCCGGCCAAUGUGGUGGUAACUGUGUCGGAAACCAGCAGUGCCAAUGUGCCAGUAAACCAACCUCCAAGUGCUGCCAGAGCAAAUAGUUGCUGCCUGAGUACUUUAUAGAGUUAGAUACUGAAAUCUCUGACUGAUCGUUAUAAUCUGAAUUUUAAUAAAUUUUAUAUUUAACUAAUGUAA